AUGACCUUCAAUGACAAAGAGCCCGCGACCCCCGAGCUUUCAGUUCCCCUGGACCAUGAAAAGUCUCAGGAUGGUGAUAUUGUCGAGUCCCAGGGCCGACCGCGAGACAAAGAUGUUGCUGCACAAUUCCUCGCCGAGCUCGACCCUGCCAUCGCAGCAGAGCCCAUCUCCGAGGCAGAGGCGCGACGUGUCUUGUGGAAAAUCGACCUCAUUUUGAUUCCACUCAUCAUGGUAUCGUGUGUCCUGGCUGCCGUGGAUAAAGUUAUCAUAUCCAAUGCCGCAAUCUAUGGCAUGGAAAAGGACACUCAUUUGACUGGGGGCGAGUACUCCUGGGUGGGCUCUAUUUUCUACUUUGGAUACCUGGCAUUCGAGUACCCUGCAGCGCUACUCAUCCAGCGGCUGCCCGUAGCCAAGCUGAUGGUGGGAAUGGUUUGUGGCUGGGCUGUACUCCUCCUGUGUACCGCGGCGACGCAAAACUUCGGAGGUCUUGCGACCGUGCGAUUCUUGAUGGGAAUGACAGAGGCCUCGCUCUUCCCUAUCUCGAGCAUCCUCACGGUCAUGUGGUGGAAAACCAGUGAGCAGCCUCUGCGUGUUGCGUUCUGGUUCAACCAGCUCUCUUCGGUGUUUUCUGGGAUCGUGAGCUACGGGAUCGGUCAAACAGACACCUCCGUGGCCCCCUGGAGAUUACUUUUUAUCGUUCUGGGCGCAUUUACACUCCUCUGGGCCGGCGUCUUAUUCGUAUUCUUGCCAGACUCGCCAGUUCAAUGCUGGUAUUUUACCGACCGCGAGAAGUUUGUUUGCCUCGAGCGAGUCAAGGACAACAAUACCGGCAUAGAAGACAAGACGAUCAAGUGGUAUCAAGUUCGAGAAUGUCUUCUUGAUCCCAAGACGUGGCUCUUGGCUCUAUUUGCCGUGGCCCAGAAUAUCCCCAACGGAGGCCUCGUGACAUUCUCUGCCGUCAUUGUGUCUGGACUGGGAUAUACACGUCUGAUCACCACCGUCCUCGGUAUUCCCACAGGUGUUCUUGCUACGGUGUGGCAAAUCUUGCUUGGCUUUUUCACCAGCAGGGUCCCAAACUCUCGCUGUGCCACCAUCGCCAUCUCCAACCUGGUACCCAUGGUCUGUGCUAUCCUCAUGUGGAAGCUCCCCCGCGACAACCAGCAUGGCCUUUUGGCAGCAUACUACGUCUUUUACACGUAUUGGGCUCCAUACGUAUUGUCUACUUCACUUCCGAUGGCCAACACCAGCGGCCACUCGAAAAAGCUGACUAUGAACGCUAUAUUUUUCAUUUGCUACUGCAUUGGAAACAUCAUUGGGCCCCAGUGCUUCCGCUCCAAUGAUGCCCGUCUUACUCCAAGGGAUACGAGGGGCUCCUGGCUUGUCUAG